UGCAUCCAGCCCUGGCAAUUUCGUUUACCUGUGAAAUUGAUUUGAUUUAAUUUUUGAUUUGCAUUAGUUUUGGCAUGUGCAGCAUUGGAGAGGAUGAUUUUGGCGACGAGGGCGCUGCCCAUGCCAUGGUAGCGGAGUCCUUGCCCACAGGAAUAUUGAUCAGCCCAGGAGACUGCAGCAAGUGCGGUGUGGCCUCCAAUGAACUCUACAAACUGAAUUUCCGCGUGGCCGAGUGUCGUGACUGCUUCCUUAUCCACUGUCGACACAAGUUUCGAGCCGCUUUGGGAGCUGCCAAGGUACUGCCGCGCAACGCUGAUGUCCUCCUCGCAUUGGAUGGCUCUGCCGAGUCUCUGGUGCUUCUGGACAUGCUUCACUUCGCGCAGACACAAAACACAUUCAGGCGACUGCAUUGCAAUGCCCGAGUAGUCUACAUAGACGAUCAGUCUGUGCAUGGAGGUGAAUCGUUGAAUCUGCAUGCACUUCAAGCACUCAGUAAGCGAUACGAGCCACUCGAGUUCUAUGUAACUGAGUUUGGAGCAUCGUCCUGCUCGCUGCAGCGGCUCGAGGAAUACUCCCCAGCUGCCAAAGAACCACACACAAAGCUGAACAAACUCCGCAGUCUGACAGCUCGACAGGAUUACCAUCAGCAGCAGCUGAAGAACUUGCUGGCAUCUGUGGCGCAGAAGCUAAGCUGCAGUCACGUCUUUGAGGCGCGCAUCAGUGGCGAUCUGGCCAGCCAGUUGCUGGCAGCCAUUGCCCUGGGACGCGGAGGUAGCGCCGCUUUGGACGUGGCCCUUCUCGACGACAGGCUGGCAGCUGGAGUCAAGCUUCUGCGUCCCCUGAGGGAUCUCAACGAACAGGAGGUGCAGUUCUAUGUGCAUGCGCGCCAACUGAAGCCGUUGCGGGUGUCUGGCAGCAGCUAUGGACAGGAGCGUGGGCCGACUGCCAGCCUGCAGAACCUGACCGCCGCCUUUGUGCAUAACCUGCAACAGAAUUAUCCCGCCACAGUGUCCACGGUGUUUCGCACCGGGGAUAAAAUCAUUGCAAAUGCCCACGCGGAGCUGGAUUCAUGUGCUCACUGCCAAUCCCCACUUGACGCCGAGCUCUCGGACACACUCCUCGCCAUCGAGUACUCGAGGGCCGUCUCAGAGGCUGGCGUGGGCCUGUCCGAGAAUGGUGACGACUCAGAGCGUCUGGCCAAGCAGCGGCUUGCGGUUAAGGAUGGACUGUGCCACGCCUGCCGCUGCAUACAGCUGGAGCUGGGAAGUGAUCUUUUGACGUAACAAAGAAAAAAUAUAUAUAAUUAUCCCA